GGACAACCUUACAACCACAGGAAUGAGCGCGACUCAAAAGAAUCGGAACCAUCGCGCACGUUCACCCGUUUCCACACGGAACUGUUAUUGUGUGUGACGCGUUAACGCUGCGCUACUGCCACUACAUGCGAAUUAUGAUCAGUCCCAAACUUUCAGACAGUCAUCGAUUAUUGAAUAUUUACAGGAUUUCGUAUACUUUUUAGAUUAUGAAUUUCUUCCGCAACCGUCUGGUGGUUUUGGGGCUGGUGUUGCUGGCCACAGUGCUGCUGUAUCUGCUGCUGCCCUCCAUGAGGCAGGGGAGCAUGGAGCCGUCUCUGGAGGUGCAGCAGCGGAUGGGCCUGAUCGCCGCCUCUCCUCCUCCUCCGCCGCCAAACAGCGUCAACAUCACGGUCAGGACUGGACAGCUGCCCGGGGACCCGCCGCUCUUCUUCAGGGAGGCUCUGCCUGUGGACAGCGCUGGGCGACAGAUAGUGCCCAGGCUGCAGUUGGUGCUUCUUCAUGGUCAGGCCUUCACCUCUAAAACUUGGGAGGAGUUGGGCACCCUCAGCCUGCUGGCUUCCAAUGGGUACCAGGCCCUCGCUCUCGACCUGCCCGGUUUUGGGAAUUCUCCGGACUCAGAGUCGGUAAAGUCGGAUCAGAGCCGCGUGGACCUGCUGAAGCGUUUUCUGGAGUCUCUGGGCGUGCGAGCACCGGUGUUACUGAGCCCGUCUAUGAGCGGUCAUUACGCCCUGCCAUUCCUCCAGAAACACAGCGCCCAGCUGCACGGCUUUGUGCCCAUCGCCCCCGUGGGUACCCGCGGCAUCACCCCACAGCAGUACCGCGACAUCCAGACUCCUACACUGGUCAUAUAUGGAGAGUUAGACACCAAUCUGGGCGCCCAAUCCCAUAAGAACCUGAUUCAGCUGCCUCAUCACACCGUGGUGAAGUUGGCAGGAGCGCGACAUGCCUGUUACAUGGACAAACCCCGCGAGUUCCACCGUGCUCUGCUCGACUUCCUAAGCAAACUCGAAUGAGGGACAGAGAGAGUGAGAAUGGGUCAAACAAACAUGUGAAAAAGACUUUGAAGAGACUGCGUGAAGAAAAAGACAAGAAAAUUAUGAACAGGACUGCGGUGUAGCUGUAAAACCAGUCCUGAGACGUAACACACACCUGAACGUUCUAUCAGCCAUCCACAUCUGCUCACUCCUUAUAAGUUCCCUGCGUGCACCAUCAAGAGAUGAGAUAUUAUAAUACAUCAAACUAACAAAACUUCUGCAGAGUUACUAUAGUAACGCUUCUUUUGUAAAUUGUAAACAUCCUUUUAUCAGUUUUGACACUGUUGCAUGUAAUGGCCCGUCUGAACGUUGUUACAUUUUCCAGGCUGAGGGUUGUUCUGUAAUGCUGUUCCCAGGAUUUCCAGUCUGAGGAAUGUUCCUGUAACCACACAAUAGCCAUGGAUACUUUUUUGAGAGUUGUUCUGUAACGCUGUUGCCAGGGAUGUUCCUGUAACACAAUUGCCAUGGUUUCCAGUCUGAGGGUUGUUCUGUAUAACGCUGUUGCCAUGGUUUCUGGUCUAAGAGUUAUUCCGUAACGCUGUUGCCAUGAUAUCCUUUUAGAGAGUUGUUCUGUAACGCUGUUGCCAGGGAUGUUCCUGUAACACAAUUGCCACGGUUUGCAGUCUGAGGGAUGUUCUGUAACGCUGUUGCCAUGGUUUCUGGUCUGACAGAUGUUCCUGUAACAUAAUUACAAUGGUUUUCUUUCUGAGAGUUGUUCUGUAACUCUGUUGCCAGGGAUGUUCCUGUAACACAAUUGCCAUGGUUUCCAAUAUGAGAGUUAUUCCAUAAUGCUGUUGCCAUGGUUUCUGGCCUGAUAGAUGUUCUGUAAUAUAGUUGCCAUGGUUUCCUUUCUAAGAGUUGUUCUAUAACGCUGUUGACAGGGAUGUUCCUGUAACACAAUUGUCAUGAUUUCCAAUCUGAGAGAUAUUCCAUAAUGCUGGUUUCAGGUCUGACAAAUUUUCCUGUAACAUAGUUUCCAUGGUUUCCUUUCUGAGAGUUGCUCUGUAAUUCGGUUGCUAGGGAUGUUAGUGUAACAUAAUUGCCAUGGUUUCCAAUCUGAGUUAUUCCAUAAUGCUGUUGCCAUGGUUUCUGAUCUGACACAUUUACCUGUAACAUAGUUUCCAUUCUGAGAGUUGUUCUGUAACUAAUUUGCCAUGGUUUUCUUUCUGAGGGAUGUUCCUGUAACACAAUUGCCAUGGUUUCCAGUCUGAGAGUUAUUCUGUAAUGCUGUUGCUAUGGUUUACAGUCUGAAGCACGUUCCUGUAAUUCAGUUGCCAUGGCUUUCUUACUGAGGGAUGCACAUUUAACACAAUUGCCAUGGUUUCUAGUCUGACAGUUGCUUUCAAUAACAUAGUUGCCAUGGUUUCCAUUCUGAUGAUUGUUCUUGUAACACAGGUGCCAUGUUUUUUGGUCUUUGCUGUUCCUAUAAUACAAAAUUCAUAGUUUCCUCUAUGAGGGUUGUUUUUCUAAUACGAUUGUCAUGGUUUUCUGUUAACAACAAGAGUCACAUAAUGUCAAAAAUCAGUGUCAUGACUGUCAUAACCCUCGGAUACACUUGACAUGUAACUGAAUUCAUCAAUCCUACAAGAACAUCUCAGAGAAGGAAACGGCAUUUCUCAUUUUUGGCAUGUAUUGGUUUGCCGUAUCAUCAUGUGAAAUCAUGCAGAGUGUUCACACCAGCAGUUGGCACAUACAUGCAUAAUGUAGCAUGUCAAUGUGUGAAUGGCUCAACACAUGGUUUUAGAAGUGCAAGAAUAAGAGAGAUAAGUUGCAGUAUUGGACGACUGUCAUGCCUGUAAAUUCAGUUUUUCAUUAUUAGUAGUUGUCAGACUCAUACUGGCAGUAGAUUAUUUCUUGCAAUAAAUAGAAAAUUUCCUGAGACUGCAGAGAAAAAAAAGUGUUCAUUACAUUACCACACCUGAAAAUGGAGGUGUUCAUUACAUAUUUAUUAUUUAUUUCUUAAAGCUUCUACAUGACAGAAACUCUAAUGUGUGUGGUAUUUAUGUGCUGUGGUCUGUUGUUUUGUUUGUUUAUAGGUUGUAAAUAUGAAUAUGUUUUAGAAGACUGUGAGGCACCUCUGCCCUGUAAAUAUUUCCAACAUCACAAAUCUUCAACCUGAAGGGAUCUGUCAUUGGGACUGAAUUCAGAUUCUGGUGUGCAUGGUACUGCAGAGUCAUAAAACAUGCUUUUGUUCAAUGCAAAAUAAAGUUCAUUAAUGUUU